AUCAUUUUGCUCGCCACGUGUCAUUCUACCAUUCGCCCGUCAGGGCGGCACUCCCCCUAUAUAAAGCGAGGUUCUCCCAAGAAUUUCCUCACUUGCAAAUCUUCAAUUCAAAAACUGCCCGGCUGCUUUUGCUUUUUCACGAGUCCUCCGAGUCUUCUAACCGUCUCCAAGUAAGUUUCUUUCCUUCCUUUUCUGAGUCAUGUCAGACCGUGAGGAUAGCCAGAACCUUUCCGUUCACUCUUAUGGUUCUGCUGGCCGGUCUCCAGCCUCUGGUUCCUCUUCCUCUUCUUCUUUCGACUCUGAGCACCCGGCUACUUCUCCACAGAAGAAGCCGGUUGAUGCUUCCACUUGUGCCCCUUCUUCUUCCGCGGCGCAAGUGGUCUCGGUUGCCCAGCCCGGGGACGAGGGCUUCGUUCAGCUAGACGACCGGUUGCUCCAAGAGCAACCGUCGUAUAUGCAGAAGCCCCAAGUCCACGAGCUGCGUAAUCUGAUGCCCGAUGGGUAUCAAUUAACCUACCGGGCAACGUGGAAGAGCAUUAUUCCUCUCCACGCCGGUAUGUCGAUUGGUAUCCAUUACCAUUCGAUCAAGGACCUGGGUGAAUUCUCUAUUCAUCCAUUCAAAGUCCUUUUCCUUGAAACAUACGGUAUCAUGCCCGGGCAGCUGGCCCCUAAUGGUCACCGUCUGUUGGGCAGUUUCAUCAAUGUCUGCCGGUUUCUUCGUAUCCCUCUUUCCCUUCGUCUCUUCGAUCACAUGUUCGAUGUCUGGCCCAGGUCCAAGGAAACCCUUGGAUUCGUGGUGGUGUCUUCCCACCAAGGCCGAGCAUUCCUCUGCGGCCUUCCACCUUCUAACAAGAAGUGGAAGGACAAAUAUGUUUGUAUCAAAUUCCCCCCGGCUGCUUUCCCCUUUGCCCAAAAUGUCUGGGGGAAGAGAAUGAAGCGCCAGGUCAAACCUGCGGAAGCCGACGACCUGGUUGCCUGGGAAGCCACCCUCAAGGCCAGGGACGCCUCCACCCGCGGUCUUUAUCACGUCGGGAAGUGGAGUGUCUACCCCGGCCGGGAGACUGAUCCUGAGCCGGAGAUUAUCCUGCCCGGGGCCAUCCCCGAAGCUAUCCCCAUCAGCCGGGCGAGGGGAUCCAAAGCCCUGAGCACAACCACCGCCGGUCCUUCACGCCCGGCGAAGAAGAAGAAGGAGAAAGUGGUAAAGUUUCAGUCUAAGUUCGCCAUCCCUCAGAUAGUAGUUGAGGAGCCUUCCACUGCUCAGCCACUCAAUGCCUCCUCCAGCCAGCCGUUCUUGCUGGAUGAACAACCGGCCCAGUCCCAUCAGGGGACUAACCAGCCCAUUCACUCGGGGGAACUCUACAUUAAUGUCGGUCGGAUUGGUGAGGAGUACUUCGCCCGGCUGGUGAAGUCCAAAGAAGAGGAGAAGGCACGGCUGGAGGCCAUGAUGGUUGAAUGUCGGAAGGAAGCCCAAGCUGCCCGGGCUAAGGCAGAGAAGAUAGAGGCGAAGUGGACGGAGCACUGCACGAUCUACCGCCAGCUCGAUGCCAAGCACGAUGGUCUCCUCAAGGCUGCAAAAGAGGCCGACGAGCAGGCUCAGGCUAGGAUCCAGCAACUGGAGGCCGAGAACGCCUGGGCUGCCGAGGAGGUCCAGAAGCUGGGGGCCGAGAACGCCCGAUCUGCGGAUGAGAUUGCUCAGCUUGGAGACGAGCUGGCAAAGGAGCGGGCGGAGCGUGCUGCCCUUGCCGCUGCUUGGGCUGUUCAAGAGCCUGAGGAGUUUGCCGCUCAGGCGCUACCUGACCGGGAGACAGCCAUCCGCUUCUUCCAAGGGCUAUACAAGCACAAAGUGUCGGCCGGGAUCGUGGAUGAGAUCGGCACCUUUGGCUUCGAAAGCGGUCAGUACACAGAGCGGCGGGCCCUCUAUGGCAUCCUUGAGCAGAGGAUCCAAAGUUUCCGACCCAAGGCCCUUUCUCUGCCCGAGCUACAUGAUGAGGAGCCGGUCCUCCCAUUCCCGGGCAUUUGAUUCAUCCGGCCUUCUCUUUUUUUUUUAUUUUCUGAUGUAAGGAUUUGCCUCCGGGCACUCUUUUGUAAGACGCUUAAAUAUUAAUGUUAAUGUAAGAUUUUUCAACAUCGUGUGCUGUGUGCUUCAUUCCCUGUAUUCUUCAACUUAAUAUUUCUAACCGCUUAGAUUAGUAAAUAAUAGCACGGCUGUAUU